CUGCAGGAAUUUAUCAGCCAGGCAUUUUUGUGGCGCGAAUUUCCGAAGAGGUCUUUUUCGAAAUAUUCGUCACAGCUCUUCUGCAAAGAUGGUGGUUGUGACUAGGAGCCUAUGGAUGACCCAGUCCGUGGGAGAGCUGGUGCCGAGACAGCUGACCUCUCCGCCAGCUACGCCGUCUGUCUAAAACUCUUCCCCAGAGAGGCACAGCUGCUGCAGGCUGGGGAUGUGAUGGGGUGACCGUUGACACACACACCCCCCCCCACACACACACCCCCUCUCUCACUUUAUUAGCAGUGUAAUAUAAACAAUGGAUCAGAAUUUCUCAACAGUUCGAGAUGGCAAGCAGCUGCUACCAGAGAGAGACUCCUCCAAACGCGUGCUGACGGGAUGCUUCCUCUCCCUCCUCAUCUUCACCACGCUGCUAGGCAACACGCUCGUGUGUGCUGCUGUCACCAAGUUUCGACACCUGAGGUCGAAGGUCACCAACUUCUUUGUUAUUUCGCUGGCCAUCUCCGACCUUCUGGUGGCUAUCUUGGUAAUGCCGUGGAAGGCAGCGACAGAGAUCGUGGGGUUUUGGCCAUUUGGUGCGUUCUGCAAUGUCUGGGUGGCGUUUGACAUCAUGUGCUCCACUGCCUCCAUCUUGAACCUGUGUGUGAUUAGUGUUGACCGUUACUGGGCCAUCUCAAGCCCAUUCCGCUAUGAACGCAAAAUGACCCCUAAAGUGGCGUGUCUGAUGAUCAGUGUGGCGUGGACCCUGUCCGUCCUCAUCUCCUUCAUUCCUGUUCAGCUCAACUGGCACAAAGCUCAGACCACCAGCUACGCGGAGCUUAAUGGAACAUACCCCAGUGAUCUUCCACCUGACAACUGUGAUUCCAGCCUUAACAGGACCUACGCCAUCUCUUCCUCUCUUAUCAGCUUCUACAUCCCUGUGGCUAUUAUGAUCGUCACCUAUACCCGGAUCUACCGUAUUGCCCAGAAACAGAUACGGAGAAUAUCUGCCCUGGAGCGGGCAGCAGAGAGUGCCAAAAACCGCCACAGCAGCAUGGGGAAUAGUUCGAACAUGGAGAGUGAGAGUUCAUUCAAAAUGUCGUUCAAGCGAGAAACCAAAGUCUUAAAGACACUCUCAGUCAUCAUGGGAGUGUUUGUGUGUUGCUGGUUGCCCUUCUUCAUCCUUAACUGCAUGGUUCCGUUCUGCGAGCCGAACUUGCCCGACGGUGCCACGGACUUCCCCUGUAUCAGCUCCACCACCUUCGAUGUGUUUGUAUGGUUUGGCUGGGCAAACUCCUCGCUCAACCCCAUCAUCUAUGCCUUUAACGCCGACUUCCGCAAGGCCUUCUCCAUCCUCCUGGGUUGCCACCGACUCUGCCCGGGGAGCAACGCCAUCGAAAUCGUCAGUAUUAACAACAACAUGGGCGCCCCUACCUCAAACCCAAACUGUCAGUAUCAGCCCAAGAGUCACAUCCCAAAGGAGGGCAACCAUUCAGCCAGCUAUGUGAUUCCCCACAGCAUCCUGUGUCAGGAGGAGGGGUUACAGAAGAAGGAUCGAUGCGGAGGGGAGAUUGAGGUGGGGAUGGUAAACAACACCCUGGAGAAACUCUCUCCGGCCAUCUCUGGGAAUUUAGACAGCGACACUGAGGUCACCCUGGAAAAGAUCAAUCCCAUAACACAGAAUGGACAACAUAAAGCCGUGUCAUGUUGAGAAAAGGCAAAGAUAGAUCAGAGUACACUGAGGCAUGUAUGUACGCACAAAGGGAAGAAAAAGCUUACACAGAAGGACAGCAAAAAGAAACAAUCGAGACAGACAUCUAUAAGAACAUGCCUGACAGGGAACCAGUGAGUGGGAUAUACAGAACCUUAAGACUGUCAACAAAAAUCCACAUGGAAAAACCUACAGAAUGUUUUAAAGUAAAGGCACUUUAUCCUGGAUAUAACUAUCUGCAAAAUACGCUCAGCAUUUAUUGAUGAAAUUGACACAUUUGAUGAUAAAUGUUGAUAAUGUGAAUAUUAAAGCAGAACACUAGCUAUGUGCACAUGUAUACAUUUUUGAAAAUAUUCAAAAAGAUGUAUACAUAUGCAUGUGUAUACUGUACAGUACUGACACUAUCCUGGGAGGACUUAAACACAGUAUAUACAGGGGAGCAAGAUGUAGUAAUUAUUAGCAAAAUGUCUUGUAGGUAGGUGCUUUAUAUGUGUUUUAAGGAAGAGAGAACAAUGUGGGUAAAUUGGUUUUGGUACAUUAUAAUUAGUUGUUUAUUGCAGUUAUUUCUCUUCAGUACAUUUCUAAGGAUGAAACACCUGUAUUGUGGUGGAAU